GCGGCUGCCCGCGGUCUCUAGGAGCGGUUAGCCGGUGCUCCGCUGUUCCACGCGUCUCGCGCUAGCCUGCUCCACGGUCUUAGAUAUGGACUUUCUUCAGUUUUUAGCCUGUCUCUUUCUCCUGCUGUCUGGAACAGACACCACAGGCACCCUGAAGCCCUUGAACCCAAGCCUCAAGAUUUAUAAGAAAAUGUUUGAAGUGAAACGUCGGGAGCAGUUGUCAGCACUGAAGAACCUGGUGCAGCUGAAUGAUGUUCACCAGCAAUACAAGAUCCUCGACAUCAUGCUUAAAGGACUUUUUAAGGUGCUGGAGGAUUCCAGGACAGUACUCAUUGCUGCUGAUGUACUUCCAGAUGGGCCUUUCCCCCAGGAUGAGAAGCUGAAGGAUGCUUUCUCCCAUGUGGUGGAAAACACGGCGUUCUUCGGCGAUGUGGUGCUGCGUUUUCCCAAGAUUGUGCACCAUUACUUUGACCACAACUCCAACUGGAACCUGCUCAUCCGCUGGGGCAUCAGCUUCUGUAACCAGACAGGUGUCUUUGACCAGGGACCCCACUCACCUAUCCUGAGCCUGAUGGCCCAGGAGCUGGGGAUCAGCGAGAAGGACUCCAAUUUCCAGAACCCAUUUAAAGUAGGCCGCGCAGAGUUCGUGCCCAGCACUGACUCUUUCCAGAAGGCCCUGAGGGAAGAAGAAAAACGCCGGAAGAAAGAGGAGAAGCGGAAAGAGAUCCGAAAAGGUCCAAGGAUCUCAAGAUCCCAGUCUGAGUUGUAGUCCUGGGGCAUCUCAGAGCUCAGGGAACCAACAGGAGGCCAUUCUGGAGGAAGAGGUGAUGGCCAUGUGGCUGCUGAAUUCGGUGUAGUAUCAUCGAUCGACCUUGAGGGUGAGAACCUGCCACUGCCAGAUGGGGACACCACCACCUUUACUGGGUCAUCAGGAGCUAAGUUGAGCUCUGACCCAAGAGACUCAGUCUCAGGGGGUCUAGUUUUCCUCCUAGGGCCUCCUGAGAAGGGGCUUUGAAGGGACCUUUAGAAGACACUGUGCUACAGACACAACCUUGUGGAGACUACUAAAGGAGGGAGGUGGUAAUCAUGACCUGGGCUCCUGGUAGGUGACAGCUGGUAUCUGGCUGGCUACCACCCUUUGUGCGGAAGCAAAGAACCAUGCCUUGAGGUGAAGUACAAACACCUGUAGCUGAGUUCCCAGCCAGCCCUCUACAGAGACACAAUAAAAGCCAGCACAUGCUUUGGCCCUACCAAGGUUGGUGAGGGGACCAGGGGACCCCUGGGAGUCUUGAGACCAGCCUGGAGGAUGUUCUUGCUUCUUUAGGAGGAGCCCCAAGCUGUGAGCAUUAGAGAUGCAAGGAUGGGGCUUAGGAGCCAGUGUUAAGGGGAUCCCAGAAGUGUCCUGGGAGGGUGUUUAUUUCAAGACACAACAUGAUCUCUGACUUGAGCUAUCUGGGACAAUCAUCCAGCAGGCACAAGGAACAAUCACCUUGUCCUCUCCAGCAGUGGAACCUACUGAAUGGGACAAGCUACUGAAGGCUGUGCUUUGCAAUGGCAGGGCUGCCCUGAACCAGACAUGCCAGUGAGUGCCUCGCAGGAGGUAUACGCAAGCAGGGGUGCCAUGGCCAAGGGACAAUGAAGUUACAGGAGUUAGGCCAAGUGGGCAGCGUGGUGUCUGUGGACCUCAGUGAGGUUAGAAGCCAUUCAUUCCCAACCCUCCCAAGCAAGAAGGGAGGGACUUCAGAGGAAUUCUUUGACCUUGCUGAACACAGGUCUGCUUCUUAAAGGUCCAGACAACUUCUCAUAUACACAUACACAUGCACACCCCUACACACUCACAACUUACCUCCUCUCAGUUCCCAGAUAAGACCUGAAUCUUUUUGCCCUUCAGCCUUGCUGACUGACAUUGAGCCACUCUUCCUUAUCAGUGCUGUGGCUUCAUUGGUGAAAUGAUGAUGUCAAAAUCCCCUAGCCUGUUCCCUUGAAGCUAGCCUUCCUCCUUGCCAGAGGAGGGCUAGGUCCUAGGAAGGCCUCCUGAAAAACCUAGAACAUCAUGCAGCCCAUCAAUCAUUUGGGAGAAGUCAGGAGACUAGAAGCAGCUGGGAGGAGGGUUGGAGAAGCUUUCCUCUCAGAACUGCCUAUCAGCCAUCGGAUCUGGGAGUAGCUACCUGUGACUCCCAGUUUGGGAGUCCAGACUGUCCCUGGGCUGAAAGAGCUGAACUCCUUUCCCAGCUCUGUCCCCUUUGGGUUGUGUGGCUGGCCCCAGUCAAUUCCCAUGAAGACUGUAUGAGACUAGUUUUUGUGAGCCACUGAAUCAGUGAGAUUCACUAGCCAGCGAUUUAACACCUGUCUUGGUACUCCUGGGUGGUCACCCUAGGUUCUUCUCCGUCCCCUUCUUGCUGGAGAGUGGUUGUGGUUGCUGAUUGCUGGGAAAGUGCUUCCUCCAACUGGGAGAAGAGCUUUUCAAGAACCAGGCCUAGUUGACAGUGGACCCAGCUUUCUUGGGAGUGAUGAGUGUAAGGUAUAUUACAUAGGUAGGCUUCAUUAGGUAGCCAAUGAAGAGAACACUAAGCGCUAUUCAGGUAGGAAAAGAAGUUUGUUUACCAAACUGCUGCCCCACCCGGGCAUAGUAGAGAGGCUUGGCCGA